AACAAAUUAUACGUAUAUAUGUCAUUUAUUUUUAUAUCAAUACAUAUUGUAUAAGAAUUUUGACAUGGUUAGCAUUAGAUAAUUCUGAUUUCUUUUUUACAGAACACUUUAAAAUGUUCGACAAAAAUUUUUCCAGAAUGCUCGUAGUAUUGAUCGUAAUUUAAAAUUCAUCGCAUGAUACUUAUAGUAGGAAUCAUGAAGACUGUAUAAGGAGAUUCAACUCUCUACGAAAGUUACUAGAAAACUGAUAUGAAAAUCCGUUAUGAUAUGAUCCGAACGGAUAUGAUGCGCCGCGAGUGGUAGAAAUAUUCAUAGCUUGGGAUUUUGAUAACACUUCUACACUACACAAUUAACACUCCUUAUACAGUCUUCAUGGUAGGAAUAUUAGGAUUUCUGUUCAACGGAGCUAAUGCCUCCAUUUCUGGCUCUAUACAUCACUGUUUUCCAAAGCGCAUGCCUAAAAAACAAACGAGGGUUAUAUCUGGUAACAUUUGUUGCGGAGUCAAUUUGUAAAUUUCAAACUGCUUUCCGUUGCACAUUAUCGUUGAACCACGUUGAAUAGGCAGUGACAGGCAGUUAGACGCUAAUUUUGUGUGUUGAAUUUUACACUUAUUACACGAAUUAAAAUGUCAUAUCUUUAUAAACUAUAUAAAGAUAAACGUCCUUUUGGAGAUGUUAAUGAAAAACGAGCUAUUCGAGCGGAAAAGCAAAAAGAGUUACGUAAAAAUCGGAGGGAUAAAAUAGUUGGAGAAAACAGGAAUGGAUUAACUUCAUCGACAUCACAGAACUUGGAAAUAGAGACACCCGAUCCGGUAGAAAUACGUGCAAAAAGGCUCUUACAAUGGAAAAUUGAACGCGAGAAACGUAAACGGAUGGAACAAAUGAAGAAAAGGCGUCCGUUUGUUGUUGGUGUAGUACACCAUAAAUUAUACUCGCCAGGGAUCAAAGACCAAGAUAUUCCAAAAGUUAAAAAACCACCUACACCUCCGAAAAGAGUUACAAGAGCCACCCUCAAAAGAUUGAUGUUGAAAACUCAACAAACAAAACAAGCAUCUCAACAAGAAAGUAACAAGAAAGAGAAGCAUUCCUUUGCUCCAGCUAAUUAUGAAUUCAAGUUUCCAGCAGGAGUGAAGCAAGAGCUUUUAUUUGGACGAGUUGACCCACAUAGUAUGACACCUAGUGUAGUAAGUAAAUUUGUGCUCCCUUCUUCGAGAUUGACAAGAGCAAGUACAAAUAGCAGUACUACAAAAUUUAUAAAGGAAGAAAUUGCAUCAGCAACAAUUAAUAAGAAAGAUGAUACCAAUUCCUCAGAAGAGAGCUUGAAUGAAACUUUUACAUUAAAUGUAUCAUCAUCCAAUGAAGAUAUAAAUGAUACAAAUGAAGCUAUCAUAUCUGAUAAAGAUAGUAAUGAGAAAAAAAAAGAGAAAAAUGAUGAAUCACUUAAUAAUAAUAUUACAGAACCAAAUAAACAAUUUAAUAAUAGUAUUAAAGAAGUUGAUACAAUACUUGAUAACAAUGCUAAAAGUGCACUGUCUCCCUCAAACAAUAAUACACCGACACCUGCAAAUUCUAAUUCUUUUAGCGAACCAGUUUUUUAUUCCCCAUAUGUAGUCUCCAGUCGUGGAAAAAGUAAUGCUAGAAAAGAGCAACAGUUGAAACGUGGUUUUAGUCUAGGCUCUAUGCGUAGCGAUGAUAUUCCUACAAAAGAUAACGUAAUGAAGAAUUUGAACAUUUCAGUUGAAGAGGAAGAACGCACUGCACAGUAUUUCCAGUUUCUCCUAAACAAAGAAAUAGAUAGAUUGAACGAAUUAUGCAUAAAAUGGGAACAAGUAAAGACAGAAUCCAAUAUCACGGAAGAUGCGCAAUACCAAAUUAAUCAAGCUGUUGGACAAACGAAUUUGCUAAUAAGCAAAAAGUUUGAAAGAUUUCGUGGUCUAGUUUCCGAUUGCGAAACAGGAAAAGGACAAAUGUUAGUCACGUGUAGAGACUUACAAGGAUUCUGGGAUAUGAUGUAUAUGGAGGUAAAGAAUUGCGAUUCACGCUUUGAAAAAUUAGAACAACUUCGGUCACAAAACUGGAUAGAAGAACAGGCAACUACUGUAUUUAAGCCUUCUAUUGCCAAGAAAAGUACCAUGAGAAAGAAAGCAGUGCUUGGGAAGUCAAGUGCAGUCAGAGCAUUUUUAGCAAAUAGAAAAAAGGGGAAACAAGAAACAAGAAUUGAAGAUGUUGUGGAAGAGUCUGCAAUUAUAAAUAACAAAGUUUCAGUUGAUGAACAUGAACUGAAUAAAAACAGUCCUAAUGUAAAAUGUAGACCAAGAAGAUCUGUAUCAGUU